ACUUGUUCCAAAAGUGGUACGAUUAUAAGAGUGUUUACGGUCCCUGGAAAGAGAAGCCAAGGCAUAUAUUCUCUGGAUUUGGCAGCUAAAGCUAUUGAUUGGUAUAACGACUGGUUUGGAAUAGACUACCCUCUACCGAAGUGUGAUCUCAUUGCUAUACCUGACUUCAGCAUGGGGGCUAUGGAGAAUUGGGGACUGGUUACAUACCGUGAGGUCGCCCUCUUAGUAGAUCCAGCCAAGUCGUCGACACGACAGAAAUCGCGUGUCGCUCUUGUCGUGGCCCAUGAGCUUGCUCAUUUCUGGUUUGGCAACCUUGUUACCAUGAAAUGGUGGACUGAUCUUUGGCUGAAAGAAGGAUUUGCAUCAUUCAUGGAAUAUCUAUUUGUCGGUACCAAUUACCCAGAGUUCAAAAUUUGGGAGCAUUUCGUUAAUGACGAGUUGGCGCAAGGCUUCGGUCUCGAUGCACUACGUAACAGCCAUCCCAUCGAGGUUGAAAUAGAUGAUCCGUGUGAAUUGGAAGAGAUCUACGACAACAUCACUUAUGCGAAAUCAAACGCAGUUAACCGCAUGUUGUUCCACUACCUUGGCGAAGAGACCUUUCAAGCUGGAUUACGUCUCUACUUGAAGAAAUUCCAGUAUGACAAUGCUGUUACGCUCGAUUUGUGGAAUGCGCUCGGCGACGCUUCGCAACAGAACGUGGCGAAACUUAUGUCUGGUUGGACGAAGCAGAUGGGAUAUCCAGUAAUCACAGUUACUGAUAGGCAGCAAGGAAAGAAUAGAAUUCUAUCCCUUUCUCAAAAAAGGUUCAUUGCUGAUGGCGGAGAAGAUCCCGAAAACUCUCUUUGGCAGGUGCCAAUCACUGUGUGCGUGGGAUCGAAACCGACUGAAGUGAAGGGCAAAUUCCUUCUUGUUGGUCGUGACCAGGACAUCGAAGUGCCAGAUGUCGCAGAAGGAGAGUGGGUUAAGUUGAAUGCUGGUGCAAGUGGCUUCUAUCGAGUGGACCAUAGUCAAGAGAUGCUGAAAGCUAUGAUUCCUGACAUUUCCAAUGGAAAAAUGCCUCUUCUUGAUCGCUUCUCCAUUGUUAAUGACCUGUUUGCAUUGGUUCAAGCUGGGCGCGCUCGAGCGUCUUCCUUCCUUUCAGUUUUGGGAGCUAUGCAUAACGAGGAAGGGUAUAUUGUUUGGCAAUCAUUGGCUGGUGGAAUCGAUGACAUAUCAAAUGUUCAAGCUGGGCGCGUUCGAGCGUCUUCCUUCCUUUCAGUUUUGGGAGCUAUGCAUAACGAGGAAGGCUAUAUUGUUUGGCAAUCAUUGGCUGGUGGAAUCGAUGACAUAUCAAAUGGAAAAGCUCGCGCACAAGAUCACAUGCUGUUCUUCUAUGGCGCAAGCACUAGUAAGACAGGUCAAGCAUUCCUCUGGCAGUAUUUCAAGGAGAAUAUGGCUUACCUUGUUGAGAAGUUCGGUGGAGUAGGAUCCGGUCUAUUCCAGAGGUGUUUGAAAUUGUCUAUUGAGCGGCAAUGUACUGAGGAGUUUGCUCAAGAAGUAGAGAAAUUCUUCUGCCAUAGUCUCUCCCCACAAGACUUGAAGACGUUGGAUCGCCCGAUAAGACAGGCUACGGAGGCUGUUCGUCUUAACCAGAAGUUGUUGAAGUCGAAUCUGGAGGAUAUUCAACAGUUCCUCAGUAAAGAAGGACUAUAG